AUGACGGUUACACAGGUCAACAGAUCCAACAGAAAAGCCUCCGUGCGCUUCAGUGCUAUCACAUUCGAAGAUCCCGAGCUGGACCUACAACUAGAUUCUUUGACAUCCAUUUCAAACACGGGAGAUGAAGACAAUUUGCACGGAAAUUCAUUCUACUUGAACUUGCCUAGAUUAUCACUUCAAGGCUCCAAUGAUGACUCUGCCAGUGAACAUCAGAGUAAACACUUGAUACCAAGUCCAGCCUCGUGCACAACGAAAGAUACUUUACUUGUGAAUAAUCCUAGUUUUACGCACCCAUACACAGAUACAACUCUAAAGCCUGUAGCCAAUUUGAACAAAUUAUCCUGGAACAUCGAUUGGCAACAGCCUACACUCAUAAUUUCAAUGUUGUUAAUCGGCCUACUCUUCUAUUCCUCUUGGGCAACGCCUACUUUCAAAGAUUACACCAAUUUUUCGUGGCCUAGCGUUUAUACAGAACCUGAUGGUACUCCAACUAACAGUCCCUCUGAUGAUUCAUACCUAUUUUCAUCAAAACAUAUUCUCUUACAAACGUCAACCUCAAGCAUAGUGUACUCGCAAAUAAAUGCUUCUUUUGAAGUCACAAUUGCUUCUAUAACGUGGUGUUACCCGGCCCAGAAGAGCUCUCUCAAUCAUAUGGAUCGGACUAUGCACCACUCUCAAUUCGUAGCACUAGCUUCAACAUUAGCCGGUAAUGCCACUCUGACCGUCAAGGGCUGGGUUCUGCCGGUUCUGUCUAAUAGAGGCAACGACCUAUGGUCGUUUAUCGCCGGACAGUGCAACAUCAUCGCCCUUGGCCUUCUCGCAUGUGAAGAAUUUCAGAAAUCUCCAUUUGUCUCGAAGAUGAGCACCCCCGAUGAGACAAAUGCAGGCACCAAAAAUCUAUACGCCACAUGUCCCACGCAAUCUUACCAGUGUCGAAACCAAUCUAUCUUGCGUGCAAUCGAAGAUCUCUCAAAGAAUAUCACCAUAAGCUAUCUCAUACUGAGCUCAGAAUCAUUACGACCUCAGAUACUACGAUCGUAUACGUAUAUCGACCCCUUUCUCUUUCUUUCAUAUGGGAUUGGAUUUCUGUUCACAUCUAUCGCAACUAUCAUUGGCCUUCACUCCAUACAUCUCAGUGGAGUUUCAUAUUCCAUUCUAUUCUCUACAAUUCUUGCUACGACUCGCAAUACCGAUCUGGAUGCCUUGAAUAGCGGUGCUUCUUUGGGUGCGGACCCUCUUGCUAAGAAUAUCAAACAGACGAGAUUUAAGUUUGGUCCAGUAUUAGGAAAGCAAGGGAUGGGUCAGACUACGGUUACAGGUAGUGGCGUACCGUAUGUUGCGUUUGGAUUAGAGGGGACUGUUGGGGAUUUGAAAGAGUGGGGACAGUAUGUGUAA